CGGAGUCCCAAGUCACUCCGACGCCGCUCCUUUCCCUCUCUUCCUCCUAGCCCGCGAGCCAUCAAUGUUCCCAAGACCAGAUACUCGCUAGGCGACGCAUCACGCACGGUCUCUGCCGAUUUCGAGAAGCUCAGGAUGGCCUUCAGCUUCGGGAGCUCCGCUGCCGGCGGGGGUGCCGGUGGCAAUGCGCAGGCUGAAUUAGGUCCUGAAUUGCCUGAGAUCAGCACUGGGGAAGUUGGGUUCAAAGGCGUUGACCGCGACUGCCACAUUCGAUUUCUUCCAACUCCUUGGCCCGCUGAUGCUCUCCCUCCCCCUACGAGCUCCCUCCUUACUGUUGCGCCCACCAAGGGAAUAGUUGUGGGUGGUGGUCCCGACGGUCUGGUGGUGGCCAGCACCAAGUCGGUGCGAGAGGCGAUUUCCGCCAAAGCCGACGAAGGCGUGAAACUAAAGCCCUUUGAGCCUCAAGGCCGCAUCCCACUGCCCAGUCGACCAAUGCAGGUUGCAUUCUGCGCUUCAGAGAAUGCGCUGGCAGUAUCGAUGCAAGGCGACGGUCAACUGGUCGUUUACGAAACCGCCACCUUGUCGCAGCCAAAUCCACAGCCCAAGCUGUCGAUCUCGACCAAUGGCGCUGCCCUUCGUGCUCUGGCACCGAAUCCUGCGCCAGAAAGCGAGGCGCUUUCCUCCUUGGUUGCGAUGGUGACGGUGAACGGUGAUCUGUUGGUGGCCGACUUGAAGGCGGGAUCUCUUGUGUCCGGCUCGUCCGGUCCUGUGUUGAAGAACGGCGUGGCUUCGGUCGCUUGGAGUUCCAAGGGGAAGCAGCUGGUCGCAGGGCUUGCAGACGGCACCUGUUAUCAGUUGGAUCCCCAAGGUGUGAAGAAGGCUGACAUCCCCCGUCCACCAGAGCUGGAGGGAAACAAACACGUGUCGUCUAUUUCGUGGCUUGAAAACGACCUCUUCCUGAUUAUCUAUACGCCUAAUGACGCUGAGGACGAGAUGGGCUCUGUGCCAGCGUCGGAUUACUAUAUUGUCCAACGACGCCAGCAGGCCCCGUUCUUGUUCCGGAAGUUGCCUGACGUGUGUUUGCCCUUCGGCGUCAAGCGUGCCCCGGCCUACCAGUUCGUCGCACGUCUGAGGGAUUUCAAGCCGCAUCUUAAGGAUGCUCUCAUCCUCUCGUCGACCGCAUCCACCGAUCUCGGUUUGAUAACAAGAUCCACCGAGCCGCUGACUGACAGCAUGACCACUGAUGAAAUCACCAACGUCUUUGCGUCGACGAGUAUCGCCGAUGAGGUACGGCAGGCGACCCUUCCGAUGACAGAGGCUUCCGAGGAGACUUCUACGAUUGGGCUUGGGGUAGACCUUUCCAGCACCGAAAAUGUACAGUCCCCCAUUCUUGGGGCAGAUAUCGCCGAGUCUCCCAACCCCCUGCCCAAUAUCAUGGUUUUGAACAACGAAGGCAUCUUGGUCUCGUGGUGGUUUAUCUACUCGGAGUCUAUUCGCCAGAAAACACCUUACCAUGGCCUAGCGGUUUUGCAGCAGGGUCAGCAGCCAGCGCAGCAGGCCGCUGCAGCUCCAGCCCCAGCGUUUGGCACCCCCCAGGCCCAACGACCCGCCUUUGGCCAGCCUGCGUUUGGACAGCCAGCCUUUGGUUCUCCCCAGGCUCAACAGCCAGCCUUUGGCAAACCGGCUUUUGGCACACCGUCCCCCUUGGGCGCGGCCCGCCAGCAACCUACCUUCGGAACUCCGUCUGCUCUUGGAGGAGGUUCAGCUUUCGGAUCUACCACUCCUGCAUUCGGCAGCCCUAGUCCGCUGGGACAGCGUGCUGCUCCUCAGUUUGGGAAGCCGGGCUUUGGAACAGGAUCGAGCCCUGCGUUUGGUCAACCAUCAGCUUUGGGUCAGGGUUUUAGUUCCUUCGCCUCUCCUACUGCAGGCAAGACUGGUGCUGGCUUCAGUGCUUUCUCGCAAGCUGGAGGAUUCGCAGCUCUGGCCUCACAGGCCAAGCCUUCCGAAAGCCCCUUCUCCAAACCUUCGGGGGACAGUCCUUUCGGCAAACCCAGCCAGCCUCUUUUCGGUUCUCAGACAGCCACAUCAUCAUCUUUCGGAACCCAGCAGCAGCCUGCUGAUUCUAAAGGACCGUUUGGACUGGGUUCUCAAGGCUUUGUGCUGGGUUCAACCUUCAAGCGCGACGAGAAGGCAGAUGAGGCCGAAACCACCUCUAGUCAGCCUUCAGGAGCAUUCUCGUUGGGCGCGAGCUUUGGUAACCUACUGGGUGGGACUUCCUCCAAAGCGAGCCCACCGACCGAAGCGAUGGAUGAUAUGGAAGAUGAACCGGCGGCACCACAACCAGCGAAGUCUACUGAGCCUGAAAAGCCGUCGUUGUUCGGUGCUCCCCAAAGCCCUGCUGCUACUACGCCAGCAACGACCGGCUCGGUUUUCGGAACUCAAUCGCAAACGACUACGAGUCCGGCAGCUACCGAGACCAGUCGGCCGACUUCUCUCUUUGGAGGUCUCGCAGCGAGGCAGCCAAGCCCCUUGUCUUCACCCUCUGAAAAGACGGUUGUGCCAAGUCAACCUGCGGAGAAGGAACAGGCAACACCGGUUGCGAAGACUGAGGAACUUCCUUUGCCUCCUGAGUCGACUAGUAGGGCCGUCUAUGGUCCAGGCGAUACAUCGGCGUCGUCGAAUGUCUCUAAAAGCUCCAUCGAGGAUGCACCCUUGCCACCGGAUCCUACUACCAUCAAGAAGUCUACUGCCGAAGAAAAGCCCGAAGAGCCACCCCUUCCUCCAGACUUUCUGCCGAAAGGCAAAGCUCCUGAAUCCCCUAGCAAGAGCCCGGUUGAGGAUGCACCACUCCCACCCGACUUUCUGCCUAAAGGCAAAGCAGCUAAAUCUCCUACCAAGAGCCCGGUUGAGGAUGCGCCACUUCCGCCAGACUUCUUGCCGAAGAAGACGACGUCCGCUGACAAGGGUGCCGUCGAGGAUGGACCACUGCCUGCCGACUUGGUCAAGCCGAAACAGCGCGCCACGCCCAAAGAAGAGCCUGUUGCACUCCCAGACGAGUCUGCGGGAUCCGAGGGUGAUUUUGAGGACAGCGGAGAGGAUGUGACUCAUGAUAUCAGUCCUCCAAGUGAAAAGGACGAGAGUUUUAAGACGUCUCCGGAGAGCUCAUUUGCGGCUCCGGCUGACAAGGGUCCUACGGGAGGACUCUUCACCAAGAUCUCGAUGCCCGAGAAGCAGCAGCAACGGACGACGAGACCUUUGUUCGGAGAGAUUUCAAAGCCCGUUAUACCGCCACCUAAAACGCGAACUGACGUUCCAAGUCCUCGAUCUCCCAGCCCGGUCCGACCAGCGGCACGGGGUCGUCCGGGAAGCAUUCUCGCUUCUCGAAAGGCUACCGCCGGACAGCCAUCGGCAGCAGAGCCACUACUAACCAAGAAGGAUUUGAUUGAAGAAGAGGAAUCUAAGGUUGCUGCCGCGGAGAUAAAUCGUCUUACCUCCGAGGCACAGGCCCUCUCCGAAGAUGAUGAGGAUGAGAGGCUCCGCGCCGACCUUGCCCGACCACUUUCCCCAGUGCCAACCCUUGACCCCUUCCUUUCACGCCAGGAGCCCACUGGAGUCUCAUUCAAGCCAGGCAUUCCGGGUCAGAUUGAGAGACUGUACCGGGACAUUAACUCGAUGGUCGAUACGCUGGGCAUCAACGCUCGGUCCAUCGCGUCAUACCUUCUGUACCAGGGGGCAUCGCAGGAGUCCACGAUCAGCCACUGGGCGCGGAUUCUGCAAGGAGAGAAUCCAGCGGAUAUUGUUGACGAGGAAUUAUUGCUUGCGGAUAUCGCCAAUCUCGACGAGACAGUCAGUUUGCUUGAUCGCACACUCCAGCGGCAACGGUUACGGGGCGUACAAGAUAAACUCGACCAGUGCCAGGAGCUGCUGAGCCGGGACAUAUUCACUCUGCGUGGUCAAUGUGCGAGCAUCCAGAAGACUCUGGAUGCGUAUACCGACACUGUUGCCAUUCGGUCCGCACCAUUGUCGGCAGAGCAAGCCAAUCUGCAGCAGGACCUGCGGAAGUCUUCCGCUGCGAUCCAGAGCAAGCUGGCGGAGCUGGAACAAGCGGUAUCGCUUCUCCGGGCUAAGAUUGCCGACACCUCCCGCGCAGAUGCUGUCAAUGGGUCGGUGUCGCGGCGACCGUCGACGAGGAAGCCCACGGUUGAGGCUGUGACAUCGACGAUCGCGACGAUGAUGAGCAUGGCGGAGAGCAAGAGCAGUGAUAUCGACGUGUUGGAGGCUCAGAUAAAGAAGCUAGGCAUUGAUGUUACGGGCGGACCUGGCAGUCGCGAAGGCUCACCGUUCACGACGCCGCUGAAGAAGUCGGUUGGCCGGCUGCCUGUGACUCCUGGUUCUCGUGGGUCGCGCGAAGACGGUCCCCGGAGCGCGUAUCACACGCCGGAGUCGACGAGCAAGUUCCGGUCGAGCAUCAACGAGUCUGGACGACACAGUCGCCUUCGGAACGUGAACUUUGAGGCGGAUUUCGCGACUGUCCAGGACAGCGAGAGAUGGAAAGCGCGGAAUCAGCGGCGGAAAGAGGUGAUGGGGAACCUGAAGAAAGCGGUUGAGAACAGGCGCAUCAAAGUCAGAAGCCUGGACGAUCUAUAA